AUGAAGUUGUCAAACCCGGGCACCGUUCCCGUAUACACAAUCUCGGGCGCAUCUUCAGCCCGACCUCUUCCCGACUGGCUUGCGCGACGCAGAAAGCGAAGUUUGAAGGAUGAUGCCGAAUACCAGAAUCGUGUCGAGCUCCUCCAGGAUUUCGAGUUCGAGGAGGCCAGCAACUGCAUUCGAGUCAGUGACGAUGGCGGCUGGAUCAUGAGCACUGGCACAUACAAGCCGCAGAUUCAUGUUCACAACUUAUCUCAGCUGUCGCUGUCUUUCGCCCGUCACACCAACGCCCUCAACCAUUCCUUUGAGCUUCUGUCGUCCGAUUACUCCAAGUCCAUACAUCUACAAACCGAUCGCCGCCUCGAAUUUCACACUCCCAUGGGCUGCCACUAUGAAGUUCGUCUUCCAAGAUACGGCCGAGCCCUUGUCUAUGACCGACAGUCCACCGAGGCUCUUGUACCAUCCGUCGGCCUCGAUGGUGAUGGCAAGGGUGAAGUAUUUCGUAUGAACCUUGAGUUGGGACGUUUCAUGAAGUCAUACCAGGUCGAUGUUGGUGGCGACGACGAAUUGACUGGCGGUGGUCUACAAGGAGGAAUUGGAGUCGGUAGUGUCAACACUGCGGCCAUUGCAACAAACACCCACAAUCUACUUGCUUUCGGAACUUCGAUAGGAACUGUUGAGUUCUGGGAUCCUCGAUCCAAGUCCAGAGUUGCCAUGUUGGGCGGCCAUGACGGUGAAGUCACAGCACUUGACUUCAGUCCUACAGGUCUUUCCAUCGUCACUGGCUCGUCGACCGGCAUGAUGCAGAUUUUUGAUCUCCGACGACCUGUACCUCUCAUGAAGAAGGAUCAGGGUUAUGGAUUCGCAGUGCAAAAGCUUAUACACAUGACAACGGCAUCACAAGAAAAGAAAAUCCUGUCGGCUGAUAAGCGCAUCAUUAAGCUGUGGGAUGAGCAGACAGGAGACCCAUGGACGUCCGUGGAACCUAUUGUGGACAUCAACGACGUUGCUUGGUGUAAAGACACUGGUAUGAUCAUGACAGCCAACGAAGGCAAGCAGCAGCACGCAUUCUUCGUUCCUCAACUUGGUCCCGCGCCCAAGUGGUGCGCGUUCUUGGACAACAUGGUCGAAGAGAUGGCCGAGGAGGUGCGCACCGAAACAUACGACAACUACAAGUUCUUGACACUUCCCGAAUUGAAGCAACUGAGCUUGUCUCACCUUGUUGGAAAGACCAACCUGCUCCGACCUUACAUGCACGGUUACUUUGUGGCCUCCAAGCUGUACGAGCAGGCUAGGUUGAUUGCCAACCCGUAUGUCUGGGAGGAAGAGAGAACGAAGCGUAUCAAGGAUAAGGUUGAGAAGGAGCGCGCAAGCAGAAUCAGAGGCACCAAGAAGGUCAAGGUCAACCAGAAGUUGGUCGACAAGCUUCUCAAGAAGCAGGAGAACAGAGAAGAAGUCGAUACCAAGGCUGGUGUUCUUGGCGAUGACCGUUUCAACAAGAUGUUCGAGGAUGAAGCCUUCCAGGUCGACGAGAAUACUGGAGAAUUCCGCGCCCUCAACCCAAGCACUAUGGUUGAGCAGGCCACUCAACCCAAGGGCCCCACGCGCUACCAAGCCAAGGACUCCGAUGACGAUCAGUCCAGCGAUGAGGAUAUGGAUAAGCCUGUCGCCGCACCCAAGAAGAAGACCAAGGACGAAGAUGUUGUCAUGCGUGUUUCAUCAACCAGCAACCAGGGACGAGCCGUCAGGGACACAGCGCUUGGCUCAAGACAACAGAAGUUCGGGCGCGUCAACAAAGCCCAUGGUGAAGUUGUCGGUGAACGACAAGUCUCGUUUAUCCCUGAGUCAAGGAGGAAACAAAAGGAACGAGAGGAUGAGUUGCCUGCCGAACCCAGAGAUAAGCGAACUGGAGCUGCUCGACGAAGUGCCAGCGGUAAUACAUUUAGACGGAUCUAA